AUGGCUUUCUCCAGCCUGACAGGGGACGACGAGGGCGCGCCUAUCUUUGACUCGCUCGCCAAGUUUUACACCUCGGUCGCUAUCGUGUGGACUGUGGUGAUUUUUUCGGGCGCGGGCCUUCUCAUCGCUAAUCGUCAAGAACAAUGCAUUCGCAUUCGCAACUUGUCGCUUGUUCUGAGCGCCGUGGGGUGUCUCCACAUCUACUGGAUAUUGUGCCUGGUCGCCUACUCCAUGAAUGGCAGGUACCCUUGUGUGGCAGAGUACUGGGUGAUGAGCAUAUAUUUUCCACUGGGGAUUGCUCUGUUCCAAGCGAAUAGCAUGCAGCUUCUGAGUAUCUUCGGUAUCCAGGAGAAAUUGCUUCUAGCGACCCAUCGCCCAUAUGUACCCCACUUGAUCGGUCGCAACCAUUCUUCAGGAAGCUUUUUAGACAAAUGGAGGCAAUGGAACCUGGUUCAACGGACUGAGUUUGGUAUUGUGGUUGGAAUGGUGAUUCAAAUCAUUCUGUCGCUUUGUAUCUUCCUCACCUCUCGAAAAUUUCAAACCUUCGGCACUUGGGAUAUGCGGGUCAGUCCUACAGAAUGUCGACGCGGACCGGAAUGUCUACCCGGCUCACCUAUGUGGUUUGCAGCUCUAUACUCUUCGACUCCAACGUGGGUGGCUAUCAACAAAUACUGGGUCCCAGCCCUUUGGUUUACCCCCGGAAUCGUGAUGAUGGAAGCUGUGACUAUUUUCUUCCCACUUUACGAAGUCCUAGUCUCAAGACGACGAAAAGCCCACAUGCUCGAACAAAUACAAGUCUGGAAGGAAAAGAGCACCUCAAGAAUUGACGAACCCGACUCCGGAAUCUCACGCAGCCAAAGCGAGAUCAGUGGUCCGCACGUCCCCGAAAUUUAUUCCCGAGACGCACUGGAGCAAUGCCUACUCGAUGACCCGGGUACACUACUCCGCUUCGCCGCAGCCAAGGAGUUCAGCGGCGAGAACAUCCUCUUUCUCACCUACGUGCGCGACUGGAAAGCCGGGUGGGCAAGGAUAGGCGAGUCACAGCCGGAAUAUGACUGGGCACGGGACCCGGAUAAUCACCGACAGCACAUGUUCAAAAUCGCAGUUGAGAUCCAUGCGUCUUGCGUCAAUCUCCACACUGCUGAGUUUCCCAUCAAUAUCGAGUCUCAAAUUUACUCCAACUUGAUAGAGAUAUUUGGCGAGGCCUCUCUGAUGCUUUUGCGUGAUGCGCAAGGGGGUGCUUCGCGAUACUACAGGAAUAUACCUGAUGGCUACCCGAUGCCGACGCACAGGAAGAAGUUUUCAACCGUCAUCACAGUCGAGGAAGAUAAGCAUGCCCUGUGCUUUGAUGCUUUUCCAUUUGAGAGUCAUAGCAUUAUGCAUAUUGAGUCACGGCUUCCUGACUCUGUGGUUGUUCCUGAGAGGUUCUCGUCUAGGGUUUUCGAUCAGGCAGAGAAGUCUAUCAAGAACUUGGUUUUCACAAAUACGUGGCCCAAGUUUGUGGAGUCUCCUUCGAGUACGUCCUCCAUUCAUUCGAAGUGA